AAUCGAGCAAUGUGAAAAUGCAUGGAGGCUACUUCCAGGACAUUUUAGAUAGUUCUCUCUAAAGUGGAAACUGACAUCGACAGGGGCAAAUGAUAAACUUUUGAAAAACAAGAUUUUUAAUGUUAAUUAUAUUUACAAGUUAUGGGAGUAUGUGAAAUAAGAUGGUUGCACUUAAAUUAAACAAGAAUUGGCACAACUUUGGUUUCCAUGAAACGUUCAGAUACCUGAUCAACUAUGGUGGUGCAAACUUCGGCUGGAUAUCUCACAGGGUCCGCUACGGGAGUAAAAUAAUCGCCGUCGGUAGGGUUCAGAAACGGCGGUGCGAGGUCGGAAAAAAUGUGGAUGUCUCGGCGUAGCGAAAUGGUUGGAUGGAGAGAGAGGAGCUGCUGCGCGUUGAGUGGAGGGAGACGGCGAGUGAGAUGGAGGCGGGGGGGAAGGACCAUCUCUGCGGGGACUGGAGCCCAGGACCGACGGCGCAGUGCUGGCUAUCGUUCAACCCUCCCCUUCUUCCUCCACAACGACACCGAGGCUCACGCCGAGAGACAGAUACAAGACAGUACACCCACAAAUGAAUGGAGACAUGGAGGCAACGGCCCAAGUCCAAGCGUGGGCACAGGAUGACCUAUUAAAACUGCUGGAGGCCAUGAAAGUGGCCCUGCCUCAGAAAGACCUGACUAAAUACAAAACAUCAGAGUCCCACCUCGACUGGCAGAAGGUGGCUUUCAAUUCCUACACAGCAGAGAUGUGUAAGCAGAAGUGGCAGGAGGUCUCUAAAGAGAUUCGUAAAUUCAGGACCCUAACAGAGCUGAUAGUCGACGCCCAAGACUACAUCAAAAACCCUUACAAGGGCAAGAAAAUAAAAAAACACCCAGACUUCCCCAAGAAGCCCUUGACUCCAUACUUUCGCUUCUUCAUGGAAAAGAGGGCCAAGUAUGCAAAGUUGCACCCAGAGAUGAGCAACCUAGACCUAACUAAAAUCCUCUCCAAGAAGUACAGGGAGCUGCCUGACAAGAAGAAGAAAAAAUAUGUCGACGACUUUCUACGAGACAAAGAAUCUUUUGUGCAAAGCAUGAUGAAGUUCAGGGAAGAACACCCAGAUCUUGUGGAGAGCAUGACCAAGAAAGGCUCAAAUGUACCAGAGAAACCCAAGACACCCCAACAGCUGUGGUACAACCAUGAAAAGAAGGCCUUCCUCAAGACACACCCAGACGCGACCACCAAAGACAUUAAGGACAGUCUUGGCAAACAGUGGACGCAGCUGUCAGACAAGAAGAGACUCAAGUGGAUCACCAAAUCUCUGGAGCAGAGGAAACUGUACGAGGGGACAAUGCGGGAGUACAUUCAGCAGCACCCAGAGCUAAACAUGACCCAAGACGAUAUCGUAAAGUCCACCCUGACCAAGGCUGAGAGACACCUGAAAGACAAAUCUGACGGCCGACCUGACAAACCUCCUCCAAAUGGUUACUCGAUGUUCUGUGCGGAGUUGAUGUCAAACAUGAAGGAUGUACCCAGCACAGAGCGUAUGGUGAUGUGUAGCCAGCGGUGGAAGCUGCUGAAACAGGCAGAGAAGGACGGCUACCAGAAACGCUGUGAACAGAGGAAGAAGGAGUAUGAAAUUGAGAUGAACAGAUUUCUCAGUAGUUUGUCAGAGGAGGAGCAGCAGCGGGUUUUAUCUGAGGAGAAGAUAGGGUUUAAGAGGGGCGGUGGGGCCAGCAGUCCUGCCUCCAAAAAGAAGAACUCUAAAGCAAAGGCCAAUCCAGAGAAACCCAAAAGGCCAAUUUCAGCCAUGUUCAUCUUCUCUGAGGAGAAGCGUCCUAAACUGCAGCAGGAGCGUCCGGACCUUUCCGACAGCGAGCUCACAAGACUCCUGGCUCGCAUGUGGAACGAGCUGCCGGAUAAGAAGAAGGAGAAGUACAAACGUCUAGAAACAGUCCUGAAGGCAGAGUCAGAGAAGAAGGAGAAGGAGGAUCGUAGUCGUCUGCCGGACCCACCCAAGACUGCACAGGACAUCUGGCAGCAGAGUGUCAUAGGAGACUACCUGGCCAGAUUCAAGAGUGACCGGCCAAAGGCACAGAAAGCUAUGGAGGCAACCUGGAGCACCAUGGAGAAAAAGGAGAAAAUUAUGUGGAUCAAAAAGGCAGCAGAGGACCAGAAAAGAUAUGAGAGAGACCUGUGUGAGAUGAGAUCACCUGCUGCUGCCAUUGCCUCAGGGAAGAAGAUGAAGUUUGAGGGUGAACCCAAGAAACCACCAUCAAACGGAUAUCAGAAGUUCUCUCAGGAGAUGCUGUCCAACGGAGAGCUGAAUCACCUCCCGAUGAAAGAGCGGAUGGCUGAGAUCGGAAGCCGCUGGCAGAGGUUACCGCUGAAGGACAAGGACCGCUACAAGAAGAUCGCCGAGGAGAAGCAGAGACAGUACAAAGUCCAACUGGAACAGUGGCUCGCUAGCUUGUCUUCACAAGAGAGAAACACUUACAAAGAAUACAAUUCUCAAAAAAGACGAACCACAGCAAAACCAGGAGGCCCCAAGGCGAAGUCCAAGAAAUCUGACACAGAGGAGGAGGAGGAAGAGGAGGAGGAGGAGGAUGACGACGACGAGGAUGAAGAUGAGGACGAGCAGGAGAAGGCUUCCUCUGAGGCAGACUCAUCCAGCGAGGAUGACGAUGACGACGACGAUGAUGACGAUGAUAAGGAGGGGGACGACGACGAUGAUGACGAUGACGACGACGAUGAGGCAGAAGACAAGGAGAACAAGUCGGAGGACAGCAGCAGCGAAUCGAAUUCACAGGGGUCGUCGGACUCUGAUUCGGACUAAAACGGGCCGACGUCGCCGGACGAACUGAGCAGCGCUGAGCUGAGCCAUGAGUCAAGGGAGCUCUGCCACUGUGCCAACCCUGCUCUCCUCCCACCACCAGGGGGAGCCACUGCAUUGCCUCAUCCACUUCACACUCACCCAUUUUGUGUUGCUGCAUUGGUGAUCUUCUCAUGGAGGUACCCUGCCCUUAUGUCCAAAAUCAGUUUCAUUCCCUCCCCGGUGUGAUGGUCGUCUGACAGCACGGGCGUGACGUAAUGCCAAAAACAGCAUCCCACUGGUUUGGUGAUGCCGUGAACAUUUCUGCCGCUGGUUUCAAUCUCGACCUACAGGUUCAAUGGUUUAAGGUUAGAGUUUUAAUGUCGAGGGUAAUUAAUAACUCUGUGAUGUUUAUUUUAUUGUUCUGGUAAUUAGUUGAAGACAGGUGGCUUCAUAGAGCCAAAGAACAUAGUAUGGUGGAUCACUUUAGGGAGGGGGUGGGGGUUGAGGUUCAGGGUACUGAAAAAUUGCACUCUUCAGAAUGUUUCCAUUAUUUUUUUUUUCCAGAACAUUGUCGCGUUGUUCGCUAUUCUCAAUUUAUGAUGUAGAUUUUAUCAUUUGGUUCUUAAAGAGGUGGUAUUUUUUCAGGAAAUUAAAAAACAAGCCAUUAUGAAUGUCUUUUUGUUGCUGGAAAAUUUCAGAACUGUUACUCACCCAUCUUCUCAUUUAAAAGAUAACCUACAGAAAGUGUUCACCAGCUCUUGGACUUUUUCAUGUUUUGUUGUUUUACACUGUUGAGCCGAAGUGGAUGUAAUGAGGCUUCAGCGCUCAUUUAAAAUGUCUCAUUAAAGGACUGUUGCAACAUUUAGGUGAUUAAAUUAGCUGAAAAUGACUAAUUUGCUGACCUGUCGGGCGUGUUUAAAACCGCAGAAGAUAUUUCAACACAGAACUGAAACUGAGGCUGAUCUCAAGUGAUCGUCAAGACAAGUUCUCCUGCAAAAACAAAUCUUGACAAACGUAUCUAAAAUGUGAAAAACAUUAAAAAAAAAAAAAAAAAACAACAAAUCAGUCGAUAAUGUACAUUUUCCAGUAGGAACCCCUUUUGGCAGCAGUUACAGCUUCAGUCUUAUGUGGAUCGGUCUUUGCAGCUUCGCCCAUGUGGACACUGUGUUUCCUCCCAUUUGUUUGUUGAGGUGUUAAUGGACUGUGAGUGAGCAGCGGUUUCCUGCCACAGAUUCUCUAUUGGCUUGUGUUAUUAGCAGUAUUCUUUACAUUGACCUGUUGUCUGCAGACUAUUCUGUGCCUUGAAAAUCUUCUCCUUCGCUUUCCUGUCAAUUGCAGGUUUCAGUUAACUUGUUACAUGUUUUUCAGAAAGUUCCUUUCUCUGCACCGUGUGUUCUUUAGUAGAAAAUUAACAAGCUGUUGGAGCUUCCAGAAACUUUUAAUUACACACGUGAUCUCCAUUCAACUUAUGUGACUUACAGAAACAUUUGCCUGCACCAGUCAAUACUUCUGUCAUCAGUCAUUUUCGCUUUAUAUUCUGACUUAAUUUGGACCAGUUUGUGAAGAUUUCAUGUCUGAUGAUUUGUGAAUCCUGAUUACAUCCACUACCGUGUGCUUCAGAGCUGUGAAACAAAAAAGGAGAUGAAGACUUCUUGUAGGAUCCAUUGCCAUGUGUCUGUCAUUUAAAGUGUCAUUUAACUUAACUGACAUGUCUUGUACACAGAAAUCCAUCAGUCUGAAACAAUUCUGUGUGACUCAGCAGUUUGUUCUGGCCUGACAGUAAUAAACAGUGUUUAUUAUGUGACCAGAGCAGUUUGUCGUUGAAGGGAUAACACUUGUUUUCCGCAUUUAGAGCUCAAUGUGACUCGUUUUUUUUUUUAAAGGAUAAGUCACACAGUUGGUGCAUGUUUCUUCUCUGAACCGUUGUUUUACGUUUCAUUUGUGGUUCAUUUGAAUUGUUAAUAGGUUUGUUUUAAUUGUCGUGUUCUGAUCCAUCUGGAAUCAUUUGUGGAUGUCGAACUGAAUGGUUUUCAUCUAAUUCUUUUUUUCAAGUUCGUUUUGAAAUUUUAAUGGUAUUGACUGCAAUCCGUAUGGAUUUUAGUCUGAUGCUUAUCCCAAAAAAGUGUGCACUUAACGUAAAUCUGUCCCUCUGUGUGAGUUUGUGUGCAUGCAUGCACAGAACUGUGUAUAUAUGAGGGUGUGAGUGUGUUUCUUUGCUUUAAUGUGUGCUGUUUUUAUUGUUUUUGUUGCAUACCAUGAUGUGACUGCAGCAUGCAUGUUUGUGCCUGUGUGGGGACAUCUUACCAACACCAUGAAUGUAGAUAUUGUUAAAUUUUUUUUUUUUUUUUUUUUUUCCUCCAAAGGUCUUUAGUAAUUUUUCUGCUCAGCGCUGUCGUGUCAUUGGUUACCUGAAAAUGGACUAAUGACAAGACUUCCAUGACUGUCAUUUUGGGUCCACAGACAGAUGAGUACAUGGCAACUAUUAAUAAUCUGUUAGCAACGGACUGAUUUUGAUCCUUGUGAAUCUCAUCACUGUCUGAAACAAAACCAGCGUGGACUAUUUAAAUAAUUUGGGGAGGGACAAAGAAAGCGAUUGCUGAUAUUGAUCAAUGGGCGUUUGUAAAAGGGAUUCGUGGAACUGAGUUGCCAGAGGAAUUGGGGUUAAAAACUUGUAAUUUUUCUGUAAAUACUGUUUUUGUAUUGAGCGCUUAUUGUUUUGUUAGUGCUUUAAGUUUGCAAACCCUCAUCUGUGACUUCUGAGGCCAGUGAGUUUUUCACUCACGGGGGAGAGUUUUUGGUUUAAUUCACCCGUUUUAGUUGUUUCUUCUCUCCCUUUUGUUGGUUUAUAGAGAUAUCUAAGACAGCAAAGCUUUACAAGUUUGUACUGCUGAUCAUUUGACAAAAUUUGAUGUUUUCUAUAGCUGAGGGUGUUCUUAUGUCCUUGUAGUUCAAGUCUUUGGGCAAAUAAAAAAUGAUCUUUAACAGUUA